ACUCCACUCCUCUUCCUCGACACCAACACACUUCUCUUCUUAUCACCUCACUGCAUUUCUCGGGAGUUCUACCGAAUUUAACCACUUUAUGUACAAGGACAAGGGAAAAUGAGGACUAAUCAGAUAGUAAAGUAUUCUCUCUUUGUAUCCUGCUAUCUUUUUUGGGUUGCUAGUGGUUUGAUGAUUGCAGUGGGGAUCUAUGCCAAAUUCUGCAAAGAAACAACUAUUGUGGAUUCUCUGACCACAGACCCAGCGCUUAUAGUAACAGCUGUGGGAAUACUUAUGUUUGCCAUAACCUUCGUUGGAUGCAUGGGAGCCUUACGGGAUCUACACAUAUUGCUCAAGAUUUUUGCCUGGAUGCUACUCAUAGUGCUGAUCCUACAGUUUGUGGCAGCUGUCCUUGGUUUUAUGUUCUCAGGGAUGGUUCUAGAGAAAGUCUCUUCUGUAAUGACAAGAGCUAUUAAUCGAUAUCGAGAAGAUCUGGACCUCCAGAAUUUUAUUGAUUAUUUACAGAAAAAGUUUGAAUGCUGCGGAGUGUCUAAUUACCGAGACUGGUCACAGAAUCUCUACUUCUACUGCUCAGAGUCUAACCCAAGCCUAGAGAAAUGUGGGGUGCCAUACUCCUGCUGCAUCAAAGAGAAAGGGCAGAAAGUUAUAAAUACCAUGUGCGGUUACCAGACUCAGAACCUCAUGCAGUGGGAUGCUGAUGAUAUGAUAUACGUGGAAGGUUGUUUGGACAAAAUAGUGAGCUGGGGUCGAGGAAAUCUCCUGCUCCUAGGUGGCCUUGCAAUGGGACUGAUCUUCUUAGAGAUUUUUGUGGCCUCUUUGGCUGUUAUUCUAAUUUACCAGAUCAAUUUCAUAAUGGAGAGGAGAAAAAGCACUGUGCCACAAAGUCGCAGACAGACUCUGAAUGAGGGGGAGAAAGUGGAAGAGGCAGAUUUCACACACACAACCCCAUCCGAAUAUGAAGAGCAGAAUUAGAGUAGUGCCCAGAGGAGAUGGCAGUAAUGCCUGGGAAUCAUCUCUCCUGGGAAAAAUAACUGUAUAUCAGACUUAAAACUGUGAAAAGGCUCAGAUUUGGCAUUGCAGCCUCACAAGUGACGCAAUAUCAUGAAAAUCUGGUGUAGCCUUCUUGGUUUUUUAUAUAAACCAACAUGGAAUUCUAUGCGGAGGCAUUUUUAAACAAAAGAAUAAAAAAAUACAAAUAUA